UGGAGGGUUUUCUCUCCCUGGUGCUGCAUUCGCACUCUAAUGCUCUUGUGGUAACAUCCAGGACUGCUUGGCUUUCCCUGUACGUUGGCCUGAUUCCAGUGAUCUCAAGUAGAAAGGAGAGAGAGAGACAGAAAGAAGCAGAGACAAAGUGUAUGUAUGCUGGAGAGAGAUAAGUGAGUUUAAAAGCAGGAGGGAGAAGCAGAGAUCUGGAAAAGGGACGAAAUAGAAGAAGCGACUGAGGGAGAAAUCAGUUGUAAAAAGUGAUCUAGAAGAACCAGUGGUGAAGAAAUAUUGAUUAGCUGACUGACAAUAAAUCCACCAACAUGGCAACCAUGGAAGCACUGGAAUCCUCAAGUGCCCUGCUGGAGCCUCAAAUGCUCACUGAGAUCUCCGACGACGAGAUCAAUCUCGCACCCUCAGACUAUGAAGAUGAUGCCCUUGUUGCAGUCAAGAAAGAGCUGUCGACCAUGGGCACGGAGGGGGAUGCCGCUGAAGACAAGGAUGAGGCAGCGAAGGUGGACACACAGGUGAACGGGGUCAUGGUUCUGACUUUGCUUGACAAGAUCAUUGGGGCAGUGGACCAAAUCCAGCAGACCCAGAGCGGGCUAGAGGCCAGACAACAAGACAUGGAACGUUCGGUGACAAGCAUCCAGGGCGAGCUGACCAAACUGUCCAAAAGCCACAGUACCACGUCCAACAGCGUAAAUAAGAUGAUGGAGAAGGUGCGCAAGGUGAGCGUCAAUGUCAAGACAGUGCGGGCCACCCUGGAGAAGCAAGGAGGCCAGAUCAAGAAGCUGGAGAACAACGAGGCUGAGCUGCUCAAGAGACGCAACUUUAAAGUGAUGAUCUACCAGGAUGAAGUCAAGGUUCCCUCAAAACUCAGCAUCUCUAAAUCCAUGAAGGUUUCUGGGUCUGUGGCAGGAAGUAGAGGAGGCAGCUUGAUGGAGCUUAAGGAAGCUGUGGAAGAGCCUGGAGAAGAGGAAAGAGAGGGAGAGGACACAGACAAACCCCAUGUAGACCUCUCCUCAGACGAGGAGGGGUUGGAGAUUGAGGAGAUAAUUGAGGAAACUCGUGCUGAACGGAUUAAGCGCAGCAGCCUGCAGCGCGUACAAACCCUGAAGACCGUCUUCUCAAAGGAGAAGAUGGAUAAGACAAAGGCAAAGACCAAAGAAAACCUGGAGAAGACCAAACAAAAAACCAAGACCAACCUGGAGAAGACAAAGCAGAGGACAAGAGAGAACCUGGAGAAGACCAAACAAAAAACCAAGGACAACCUGGAGAAUGCAAAGCAGAAGACCAAGGAGAAUCUGGAGAAAACGCGUCACAACAUUGAGAAGAAGAUGGGAAAGCUUGGAAACCGCAUGACUGUCAACCCCGAGCGCAAGCAGAAGAUGCAGACAUCCCAAGACAAGGUGAAGAAAGCCUUCACACCAGACCAUGUUGUUUACGCCCGCUCCAAGACUGCUGUGUACAAGGUGCCGCCCUUCACCUUCCAUGUCAAGAAAAUCCGUGAGGGUGCUGUUGAAGUGGUACAAGGCACUGAGAUGGUGGAAGUGUCUCAGGAUGCCGAGCCCUUCAGUGAUGUGGAUGAGGCAGUUGAAGAGGGCGGAGAGGAGGUUGAGAUGGAGAUGAUUAACGGAGGAGGGGAUGAAGACGAGGCUGAGGAGGACGAAGAAGAGGACAGCCACGAUGCCCUGCAUGAGAACGAAGACAGAGAUAGAGACAGCGAUUAGAUAAAGAAUGAGGAAUUAGCCAAGACCCGACAAAAUUAAGUGCAGCAACCCAAAGUCUUCUGUAUAAACUGAAUACAUUCGGAGGAUCAAGAAGAUUUCUAGAAAAUAAUAGCAGUUGACUGGAUCUUAUUUUCAUUAUUUUGGCCAUUAUUCCUUUCAGUUAUAAGAACUUUGUACCCAUAGUAAUUGUUGAGAUCUGGAAGCAUGGUGACAUUGCUAGUUUACUACAGAUUUGUCAACCAGAAUUUAAAUAAAUUAAUACAUUGUCUAGAUUAUCCAAACCACUUUAUUUGGAGGCAAACUGCUUCCAAAAUGUCAGUCAUAAUUGAUUGCAAAGGUGUGCACUUUUACCUUGGAGAAAUUCAUUUUACAAUCUGGAACAACCAAUUUUUACUAUAUACAUUUAUUGGGAAAUGAAUUUGAGUGAAAUUAACUUUGAUGCUAAUUGCUUCAUUACACUUAAACCUAAAUUUGUGCACUGAAAAGUUUUUUGCUUAGCUAUAGCCCAAGUAUUCAAUUUAAAUGUCCAACAUUGUUGACAAUCCUAAAAACAUUAUGCUAGAGCAGUCUAGUAUGUAGUCUAAUGCACUUGGUUUCGUAGACUUUGAAGUUUGUGUAGACCUAGCAGCCUACCAAGUUCUGCACUGGCUAUUGAACAAACCAGGAGGAUCAUUGUUUCACACUGACAACACAUCCAAGAUGAUUUCUGCUUUACAGGGGUUCAGGUUUGAAUAGGUCAAAUUUUGAGAUUAAACUCCCUAAGGACAGGGGACUCAUCAGGACUGUGUUUGAAGGACUAAGAGAAACACAGAGGGACAUAUUAUUAGUUCAGCCUGCAUUUACCAAAUGUUACAUUAUGAAGAAAUUGCUUAACACCUAUCUGUUUAUCUUUACUGUUUUCAGUGGUCAUGUUUUUGGUCCACAUGGUCAAUGAUUUUGACUGCAGAAGGCGGGACUCGAUUUGAUCCACUGCAGAGGGAGAAGGCACUCACUCUUUGAUAUACAGACCAACAAUGUGAUAAACAUGACAUUCCUUUUUCUUUUUCAUUAAUCCAGUCCUGAUCAUGCCAUGCUCAUCCAAGAGAAUAACCCAAUUAGGGUCACAAAGCAGUGCGACAAUGAGACGUUGUUGUCCAGGAUAAAAAUACAUGUGUCUGCUCAACUCAAACAGAGAAAACCAUCCAAAAACAACAAUGUAGCCAUAAUAGCAUAUUAUACUGAGAUUGACUGUAUUUUUAAGUAAUUCCUAACCAGUAGUGUAAAUUCACAACUAUGGUAAAUGUUGUACAACAGGUCAAAGUUGAACUGGGAGGCUGGAAGGCUUGCCCCUGUUUUCUAAUCUGAUUAAGUUUGGCUAAUGAUAAGAGGUUUGUUUUUUUCCUUGCUGUCUGAUUGGUCUCCUCGUGUCACUAGACUCAACAGACGGUUCAGCAAGGUUACCCAUGUUUGGUUAACUAAGUAGACAGUUGCAGUCUUACUCAUUAACUUUCAUUUCAGCAACUAUAGGCACCCGUAGUCAUUAAGGCUGAAUGUGUAAAUAGGCAACUCUUUGCUAAAAUAUUCACCAUAGCAGCUUAACAGGGUGAUACUAUGUCAGUGUUGUAUUCACAGCUUGUUGUUCCUUUAAAUGGACAUAGAAUAUCGAAGAGGAAAGCUAGUGCCGGAUAAUAUUCUCGUGUAGAAAAACUGUACACAUUGCACAGAGAGGGUUGGCAAUGAGGAGUCAGGUGCCUUGCUUCCCAUCAGUAUAAUCUGCUUGUGGGUCUCAGCAUUUAAUUUGUUCCAGACAAUAUAUUAUCUUAUCAACAAUAGGAAUGAUGGCCAAUAUUACGAGUAAGACCCAAGAUGGCACUAAAAAAUAAAAUAAAAUUGAUGACAGCUACUUAAAAAUCAUAGUUUUAAGAAUUUAAGGAAAACAGUCCCAUAUUUGUAAAAGCAUGUCAAGGGUUGUUAAGAGUCCAUUUGUGUUUGGAUGGUUUAGGGGAUCACUAAAAGUGAAAGAAGAAGAGGAAGGAGAAGAAGCAAGAAAAAGGUAAUAGCUUAUCUGUCCUAAAUCAUCAGUAGGGUUUGCCUUUGUGAGAAGGUGUAUUUCAUUUUUUGUUUUAUUUUAAAAACACUACACUUACAACUAAAACUAGUGGAAUAAGUAUAUGACUCAACAUCUGCCCAUUGAAUUUCAUUUGAGUUCUCAUGAAUUGCUAAAAUGCAAUUCACAAUUAUUAUAUUGAUAAACACAUUAACUACAUAUUCACGCUUAUCCAUAAAUUCCUUGGGUUAAAAAAAAGCACAUAUCACACAUGCAACAUAUUUGUACAACCCCUUUGCUGUUAAGUUGUUUGAAUACUGUUAUCCUACUCUGUUUAAUGUACGCAUUCUUUAGAAGUCAAUUGAUUCUGUUGCAAUUUUGAGGUUUUCAUUAGCUCACAGUUUUUAAUGUAUGAUUUUGUAGGUAAUCACUCUUCACAUUCUGCUGAUGUUAUGUCCUUUUCAUUACUGCAUAAUGUUACCCAAUAACUGUCUUUUAUAUAUAUAUGUUUUAUACCUACUUUCAUGCAGUACUCUUUUAUAAGAUUUUACUGCCGGUGUUCCCAAAAAAAAAACCUGCACCCAAAUGAAGGUUUAUGAAACACAAGAUUAAGACAGUCCAUUUCAUUUCACUCAACAAUCAUUUUCACCAUUAUUAUUUUCCCAUGAGUGUUUUGCUCUUAUAAAAACUUGCCAUGUAUAUCUUAAUAUGUGUUUCAUAAAUUGAACGGGAUAAGGACCAAUUCUUACAUUAAAAACUGACAAACCUCUGGUCAAAGAAGCUUGUGUGUUAAUAGGACCUUUCUAUAUACGACCAAGUUUCUUUACAUGUGCAUGAUAUUGCUGUUGUCUGAGAAUGACCCCUAGUGUUCAGUCGUCUUGCUGUAAGUUUCUCUGUUCCAGGUUAAAGGAACAUUUCAGCUCCAACUUUUCUCUUUCAAAUAACUAUUUCAUUGAAAUAUUUCCCAAGAGCAAGACUUUAUUGUCCACAUUUGCCUUUUUGUAAUAAGAUGUAAAAGUGUGUUUAAUUCUGCACAACGGUUGGUGGAAUUUUAUGAAUGCUUUGCAAGAAAGAAAUUUAAGAGUUGAUGUUUUUUGUUGUUGAAUGAUCUGCUGUGACUGCAUUACUUUUGGCAAAGUCAAGAUAAUACUCCAUCCACUUUAAUUUUUACAAACUAAUGCUGUUCAGAUUAGAGGGGCCUAUCUGGACAUAAUUUGGUGUGAAGGUCAGCAGCGUAUCCAAGGGCUAUCACAGAGACAGAAACAAGAAACAUUAAUGAAUCAAAGAAAGAGUUUUUAUAUAACUUUUGAUCAUGUCACCAUAGUAUUUGUACUGUCCAGUGUGUAUAUGUGUGUCUUUGUCCAGUGUGUUAUGUCUAUCUUAGACAUAUAUUACAAUUUUAUUUGUGUUCCUUUUUUUGUAUAUAAUGUGAAUCACUGCCAAUGCAGAUCACAAUGAAUAUUGAUUUUAUUUACCUUGUCUUCUGUUGCAUAACUUCUUCAGCAUUUAGAACCGCUGGUUAAUGACACUGGCACUCAUGCUUUCAAGGAUAAAGCAUUACAGCCUUUUUUGAUCCACGGUUGUGGUACAGACAUUUGGUGGUUUAAGGCUCAGUCCUUGAAAGUGUUUCAACAAUGCCAUGUCUGUCAAGGCAGUGACAACAUGCAGCCAUGCUGAGGCCUUUGUCAAUGGAGCACCAAAUGUUGUUCACAUGAAACUGUUUCUUUGCUUUUGUUUUGUCAUUAACAGACGCUAGUAUAAAGUUUAUUGUUUAUUUCUUAACCACUAAUGAUUUAAUUAAUAAAAACGACUUGGUUCACA